AUGUUAACUCGUAUAAGUCAUAGAUCUAAGAUAUUGUGUAAUGCGUAUAGUACGGUAUCGAGACCAUUAGAUCCAUGGAAUAGUUUGAUUUCAAGUGAUACAAGAAUAAAUCAGUAUGGAGAUCGAAUAUUAUCAGGUACAACUUAUAUUGCAAAAGAUAAUAUAGUUACCAAAGAUGGGGUUACCACAAGUGCAUCUCAUAUGUUAAGUAACUACCAUAGUCCUUUCAAUGCUACUGUUAUAGAAUUACUUGCUGAUAAUGGACUGAGUUUGAUUGGGAAGUCUAAUUUGGAUGAAUUUGGUAUGGGAUCUUCAACUACCAAUACUUAUUACGGUCCAACUAUUAAUCCACAAGAUAAUGAUGAGAAACGAAUAUCUGGUGGUUCAUCUGGUGGUUCAGCAGCAGCAGUAGCUGCUGGAUUGGCAACUUUCAGUUUGGGUACAGACACUGGUGGAUCGAUUCGAUUACCUGCUAGUUAUUGUGGAGUUAUUGGACUUAAACCAACUUAUGGAAGAAUAUCAAGAUGGGGAGUUGUACCAUAUGCUCAAACUCUAGAUACAGUUGGUAUAAUAGGGAAAGAUGUUGAUGUGAUAGAAAAAGUAUAUGAGACAUUAAACAAGUAUGAUAAGAAAGAUCCUACAUCUAUGACUACCAAGGUUAGAAGUCUUGUCCGUAAUACUUUUGAUGAGAAAUUGAUCAUUGGUAUUCCAGAAGAGUUUAUAAUAGAAGAGUUAGAUGAAUCAACCAAAGAGCAAUGGCUUCAUUAUAUAAAUGGGUUAAAAUCCCUUGGCCAUGAUUUCAAAGUGGUAUCAAUUCCAUCUAUCAAGAAACUGUUACUGACAUAUUACACAUUAGCCACAGCAGAAGCAGCAUCAAAUUUGUCACGAUAUGAUGGAGUGAGGUACGGUUUCACUGAAGAUGAAAUCCAGCCUUCUGCUUCUGAUUUAAUCACAUCAAACAGAUCAGAUUCUCUUGGUCUUGAAGUCCAAAGAAGAAUAAUACUAGGAAAUUAUACCCUUUCUUCAGUUUCAGGAGACCAUUAUUUAAGAGCAACUAAAGUAAGACAGGAGUUAGUCAAUGAAUUCAAUGACGUGUUUAAACUCCCUCAUGUAUUACUUGAAGACAUUGAAAAGGUCAAACUGAAUAAAUGCGAUUUAUUAAUAAGUCCAACUUCUAUGGGAAAACCACCUACCAUAAAAGAAUACACUGAAAAUAACGACAAAAACUUUUUGAAUAGUUACUUAAACGAUAUUUUAACAGUUCCUUCAUCAUUAGCUGGAUUACCAAGUAUAUCAGUUCCAAUGAAGGAUGGUUCCGGCUUACAAUUAAUGAGUCAGUAUGGUGAUGAUGAGUUAUUAUUCAGGAUCACGAGACAGUUAUUAACCUUGUAA